AUGAAGUUAGAGCAAAUGAUGAUAUGCUUCAGGAUUGCGGGUGGACAGAUAGUGCCAGAGAUCGACAUGCUGGCGUCGGAAACCAUAUUGGAUUUAAAAUUGGAGAUUGAGAAGGAGUUGAGCGUGGAGGUGGAAAGGCAAAGCCUGUGGUACAACACAAGACAAUUGAGGAACGAUGGGGUGAUUCGAGAGUACAAGUUCCGGGAAAGUGAGACACUGAAUCUGAGGGUGAGGCCAAUGGCGGAAAGAAGGGAAGUGCACGUUCUGGUGAAGCAAGAGGGUGCCAAUGGAUACGUGAGGGUGUCGGAAACAGACAAUGUGUCUCACCUGCGCAAGAAAAUUGAGAAGUAUUGGGGCAUUCCUCGAAGUAUUUUCACCCUUCGUCGUUUUGACAAGCAAAUGGAGGAUGACGUACCUCUACUCGCCUAUUAUAUCACUGAGGAUACUGAGGUUGAACUCUGCGUUAACAUUGAACCUCGUUAA